AUGAUGGCUUCUGCUGAUACCAAGCAGCCUAAUUACAAGACUUUUGAAAUUUACCGUUGGAACCCUGACAAGCCCACUGAAAAGCCCGAGUUGAAGACUUACAAGGUUGAUUUGAACUCUUGUGGCCCUAUGAUUUUGGAUGCCCUUAUCAAAAUCAAAAAUGAGCAAGACUCUACCUUGACUUUCCGUCGUUCCUGUCGUGAAGGUAUCUGUGGUUCUUGUGCUAUGAACAUCGAAGGUGGAAACACAUUGGCUUGUAUUUCCAAGAUCGACCGUGAUACAUCAAAGACCACCAAGAUUUACCCUCUUCCUCACAUGAACAUUGUAAAGGAUUUAGUACCCGACUUGACUCACUUUUACAAACAAUACAAGAGCAUCGAACCUUAUCUCAAGCAAAAGACACCUGUCACUGACGGAAAAGAAAAUUUGCAAUCUAUUGAAGACAGAAAGAAGUUGGAUGGUUUGUACGAGUGUAUUCUUUGCGCCUGUUGCUCCACUUCCUGUCCUUCUUACUGGUGGAACCAGGAAGAAUACCUCGGUCCUGCCGUCUUGAUGCAAGCUUAUCGUUGGAUGAUUGACUCUCGUGACCAAUUUGGUGCUGAGCGUCGUGAAAAGCUUCAAAAUAAGAUGUCUCUUUACCGUUGCCACACCAUCAUGAACUGUUCCAAGACUUGUCCCAAGGGAUUGCAGCCUGGUACUGCUAUCGCUAAGAUCAAGUUGAUGAUGGCUACGGAAUAA